CUUCAGUCUUGGAUGGCCGAAACCAAGGAUAUUGCUCCUGGAACAUAUAGCCUUGAACUUGGCAAGACAUUCACCGAACAACGUCGUACAGAUGGACCUUCAUAUCAUACGCUUCGCUAUGACUUCAAGCCAAUGUCCGUUGCUUCAUCGGAUUCUGAUACAUACAUAGCUCUUGGAGCUAAUGGAGAUGUUCAUGUUGCCGUUCCAACAGAAGGAGAAAAUAUGACCGUUUUCAAGGGAUCGAAGAAAGAUGCUAAAGCAAAGGAGUGUUUGCUUUUUUUUGAUAAGAAGACCGGGAAACUUCGUUUAGAAAAGAUCAAUUCGAAUAUUAACGUAAAAAAGACUCGAGAUCUGGACCCAUCAGUCGAGAGUGUGUUACGCUCGGAGAUGGCUCGGUUGCGCACUGCACGAAUAGAUCGUCCGCCUCCUCCAGAGCCCAGCAGCUCUUCCUUCCCUGGAGCCGAUAGCAGUAGUUCUUCUGACUCUUCUAGCGACGAUAGUGAUAGCGACAGUGGCAGUGGGUCUGAUGAUGAGAGCAAACCCAAAACUGGAGGCGAUUCCAAUUCGAGCUCUGCAAACAGUGAUGUUGAAAGUCAGAUAUUGGAAAGCAUGAAGGCUAGCGGACCAGCUCCAGCUCCGUUCAAUGAAAGCAUCGAUAUGCCGGCGUUGGAUACUAUUUCGCAGCCUCCACCUCCGCAACCUGUUCAGCAGAACAGUUAUCAGUCCAGGCCACCUCCUCCGAAGACAGAUCAUGGAGACCUUGGUCUUAAUCUAAGCGAAAGUUCUGAUGAUGACGAGUGAACUUGUGGAUCAUUAUGGCUGGAUUAUUUUUCGAUUGUGGCAUUGUAAUUUUUUGCUUAUCUGCAUUGAUCUUUGGGCUGGUGGUAGAGUAAUCGCAGCGCCGCGGAAUUGGCUACUAUUAUUUGCAGACCAAACUUGUCCAUUAUGAAAAUUUACAGUUAUAGAGUACUGUAAUAAAUUGCCAAGAGUUCGUGGACCAUACCAUAGUGUUGAAGGUAAUGAAUGACAUUCUUCGAAACUUUUUUUACUCAAAAAUUAAGGCUAGAAGUAACCAAACUAAGGACAUAUCUCUACAAAACAUAGUAAUCAGUAAAACGAUCGUCAUCUCAACCUGUUUGUAUCGGCAUAACGAAAUUUCUCCACGGUGCUGCAGUUACUAUAGUUAUUAACUUGGGCGUCUUUCUCUGGCUUCACGAUUCUACGAAUCUCAUCAUGGAUUGUCCCAAAUUUCUUUUGAAUAGAGUCAACUGGCCAGAUUUCUAUCAUGGUGAUACAUGUCAAGGGUAUAUGAUUUAUAUAUUGUUUACGUUUCAACUGCAUUAUCAUAUAGAAGGGAUAUGAAUAAACGUUGAAGCC